CUUAUUGUAAGUUAGAAAAAUUUAAAAAACUAAAAUUUCAGAAAAAUGACGCAGGCAAUUAAUCUUCUAGAUCUGGAUCCGGAUCAGUUGCUGAGUGUGAGUGGGGUAGAGGUGGUGGAGGGUGUGGCCAGGAGACUGCAGAGGGAGGUAGACUCGAAGAGGGAGGAGCUCAGAGUUAUGGUCGGAGAAAGAUACAGGGACCUGAUCGAGGCAGCAGAUACAAUACAGAAUAUGAAAACAAGUUCUACAUCCAUCAUAGACAGUGUCAGUGAAAUGCAAAAAUCUACCUUAAACCUUCCGAAGCAGUCUCUGAUAUACACAGUUCCAAGAAACACGGAAUCCGGACCUACUGGAUUAAACCUACCGUAUCUGUAUGUUGCUUCCAGUAUAAAACUGUUGAUGAUAGUUCCGGAGAAAAUUUGGGCAGCUGUAGAGACGGGAAAUCUGUUACAGGGCGCUGAACUUUAUCUGUUGGCCCAGCAUGUAAACACUGGUCUUCUCAUGGAUCAGGGAGGAGGGAUUACCCCAGAUAGAAUAAAACAAUGGUUUCCUGUUGUAUCCAGACAGUACGCUACUAUUAAUAACUUCUAUAACAGUAUAAUUAACAGUGCAAAGGAUCAGCUGAUGAAUCUAGAUUUAAACAAAGAUCAAGCUGUGGAUGCUCUAACUGCUCUUCUUCUGCUAAAAGGGGCCAGCUCCAGUGACAUCUUUGAUGACUUCUUGGAACUAAGAAGAGAAUGUUUGAACCAGGCGAAAAUACGGGGACGAAGCGAGUCAGCUAGGAGUUCAAUUUGCGGAUUUCUCCGAGGGAUAAUCAGUACUGUUGACUGUGUAUCAAGUAUAUUUACUGGAGAAACUCGGCUUAAAGUUGUAGUUAACAAGCUUAGCAGUCCGGACUCAGAACCAUCUCUUGCUCUAAUAGAUAAGACUAGUCUGGGUGCUAUAGGAAGAUAUCUCCCUAGCCCUGUUCUCAACUUUAAACCUCGUCUCUCCAAAAUAUACUUAGAUUUACAACAAAAAGAAAUAGUGAAUAAGAUGUCAAGUUGGUUGGAGGGUGUUGAGGUGGAGGUUAGGGAGGAGGUCUCCAGUCUCCUCAAGGAUAUCCUCAACCUCCAGGGGGUAUCAGGAGUUAGACAGGGAAUCUGGUCCCUCCUACAGGAGUAUUCACCUUACAAACAGUGGUCUACUGCUACACAGAACGUGGUUGGGAGUAGUAUUGAUGUUUGGGAGAACUUGUACAGGGAGACAGUUCUAGUGAGGGUUCAGGUUCUCAUCUCGGCUAAUAUAGACAAGGUUCUAGCCAGGCUACAGGCAGACAUAAAAGAAAAAAGUGCCAACUGUGAUACAGAGGUUAACCUCGGUGCCUACAUCUGGGGCGAGGCUGGAGGGGAUCUGUCCUCCCUGUGGACUAGAGCUGAGGGAGAGGCCAGCCUUACUUUGAAAUCUCGAGGAUGGAGUAGCGAGGUCAAAGCAGUCUCAGCAACCUUCGACACCGAGCUUGCAAUCAUUUGGUCGGAAGUUCUAGCAUACAAUAAAGUUGAGGAGACUGAAAAAGGUCCAUUUGAUCGAUUCAAAGAUUCCGGAGCAGUAUUAAACCAUUUCCGAACCUCGCUUAUUUCCGGGCUGAAGGAGCUGGUCGGACACAUCAGCAGUACACGCGGGGAACAGGAGAAGAAACAAACAACUUUAUUUCUUGCCAGAGUUCUCCAGAGUUUACCUGUUCUUGUAAAAACCUUAACGGUGAGCCUACAGAGUCCCCAGGGUGGGAAAGAAGAGGUUCAAGAGUUUCUGGUUUCUAGUUCAACGGAUUUAUACGCGAAGUGGUCGACAGAUGUCUUAGAAGAAUUCAGGGAGGAGUUAAACUCAGUAAAAGGAGAAGAUGUUUUAAAUAUUCUACCAGCCUGGGAUACAGUCAAGAUUCAGGAGAGUGGUGAGAGUGGAGACGUGAAUAGUAUUAUCCGUGUUCCAGGAACUCCUUCCUUACACCUUACAUCAAUCCUAUUCAACCUUGCUCUUAAAAUACACAGAGCUCAUCCAUCAGCCAUUCCCGCAUCCGUUCUGCUCCAGGUGUCCAGAUCAGUACUGGAGAUUCUAGUCUCCUAUGUGGAGUGUCUACUGGAGAAUAAACUAGCUCAAAACCUGGCUCUUCAGCUCUCUUUCAACCUGAGGUUUGCGGAGACUAUGCUUCUCUCCAGGGAGUAUAAGGAGGAGUUAAGUCCACGCUUGUCUGAACUCAUUGAAAAAAUCGAGUUCAAUAUCGAUCCAUUUGAUUUGUCAGUUUUCUCCAGUGAAAUAGAAUCUCGAGUGCGGCGUUGUUGUGCGCGUGAACUAACCGGUUUAUCUCCGUUAGUUCCACAGGACCGCAUACCGAUUAUAUCCUCAUAUAAAUCCACUGGGUCGUCUUCACAGGACGUAUCCAAUAUAAUGAACGUGAACCCUGCUCCGGGAGGAAGGUUUCAUCUACUCCCUCUCUCCGCUCUAACCAAACACCAGGAGCUUCCUCGAACAGGCCGAUCUGACCGGCCGACCAACUCUCUUGAUGUAAAAAAGCCGACGGCAGCUCGCAAACGUGACCGGUCACCGGUAGCUGCAACUGCCGCUAGCUUUUUUGGAUCAAUGAGUUCUUCAUGGUUCGGAGCCGCUAGUUGACAUCUUUCAGUAUAUUCCUAAACCGCCAUCUUUAAAAUUCAGAAUUUUUAACUUAUUUAAUAUGUAUAUUGUUUACUUCUUUUCAAAACUACAAUAAAGGAGUUUUGAACUAU